UGACUCAUACAUGUGAAUUCACAGGCGACCACUCAAAGAACUACAGUUAGAGGUCUGGUUUUGAUGCCUUUUGAAUUAAUCACCCCCUUUAAUGUAAAGGGUGCACUGUGAACUGGAAUAAUGCUGAAAAUUAUUUGGCUCCCUCUUUAUAUUGAAGACUGAAAGGAGAUUAAUGUGGUCUUAUCUGUGAAAGAAGAUCACAAGACUUUAGCUGCAGAGAUGAGUUCAGAGGAGAAAGGUAUAUCUCCUGCUCACAAAACCUCUACACCAUCUCAUAAAAGUGCCUCUUCUUCAUCAUCUUCCCAGAGGGAAAGCAGGCAGAGUGGCCAUAUAUUAGAACGAAAUAUUUCUGCAGGAAGUGCAGAUCUGGUAAUUGGCAAACCAUUGCUAGAAAAUGAACCAGUCAUCAUAUCUAAAGAGCCAGACAGCUGGGAAAUUAUAGAAGGUCUGAAAAUUGGUCAGACUAAUGUUCAGAAGCCAGACAAACAUGAAGGAUUCAUGCUGAAGAAAAGGAAAUGGCCUUUAAAAGGCUGGCACAAGCGCUUUUUUGUACUGGAUAAUGGAAUGUUGAAGUAUUCAAAGUCACCAAUUGACACUCAGAAAGGGAAAGUCCAUGGGAGCAUAGAUGUUGGUUUAUCAGUUAUGUCAAUUAAAAAGAAAGCUCGUAGGAUUGACCUUGACACUGAAGAGCACAUCUACCACUUGAAAGUGAAAUCCCAGGAUUCAUUUGAUGCUUGGGUGUCAAAGCUGCGCCAUCAUAGAUUAUACCGUCAGAAUGAGAUUGUAAGAUCACCACGAGAUGCCAGCUUUCACAUAUUCCCUUCAGCUUCAACAACUGAAUCUUCACCAGCUGCUAAUGUUGCCAUGCUGGAGGCUAAGGUAUCACAGAAUAACCUCCCAUGGCAGCCACCUAUCCCCUGCAGUAACAGUCUGUCUCCCUUACCUGCAACGUGCACCACUGGCCAAAGCAAAGUAGUUGCUUGGCUACAAGACUCAGAGGAGAUGGAUAGAUGUGCAGAAGAUCUUGCACAUUGCCAGUCAAACCUUGUGGAACUCAGUAAAAUUCUUCAAAAUUUAGAAAUACUUCAGAGAACUCAGUCAGCUCCAAACUUCACAGAAAUGCAGGCUAACUGUGUAGAUAAGAAAGACAAGCGUGUCACAAGAAGAUGGAGAACAAAAAGUGUCAGCAAAGAUACUAAAAUACAGCUCCAGGUCCCUUUCAGUUCUACCAUGUCUCCUGUUCGCCUACAUUCAUCCAACCCUAACCUUUGUGCAGACAUCGAAUUUCAGACACCACCAAGUCACGUAGCUGACCCCCUGGAAGCCUCCACAGACUACAUAAAACUCCAGGAAGAAUUUUGUCUCAUGGCAAAGAAAGUGCAUUCUCUCUUGAAGUCUGCCUUCAAUAGCAUUGCAAUAGAGAAAGAAAAGCUUAAGCAGAUGGUUUCAGAACAUGAUUUCACAGGACAUAGUACACAAAUACCACGUCUCCGACAAUCUCUUUCUCAGGCUCUCAACCAGAAUGCUGAACUAAGGAGUCGUUUGAACAGAAUACAUUCAGAGUCUGUUCUUUGUGAUCAGGUUGUCAGUGUAAAUAUUAUCCCUAGUCCUGAUGAGACAGGCGAGCAGAUCCAUGUCAGCCUCCCACUCUCCCAGCAAGUUUCUCAUGAGAGCCGCCUCUCCAUGUCUGAAUCUGUCUCUGAAUUCUUUGAUGCACAAGAGGUGCUUCUGUCUGCAAGCUCAUCAGAAAAUGAGGCUUCUGAUGAUGAAUCAUACAUAAGUGAUGUGAGUGACAACAUAUCUGAAGACAACACCAGUGUUGCAGAUAAUAUUUCUCGGCAAAUUCUUAAUGGUGAACUUACAGGAGGUGCUUUCAGAAAUGGACGAAGGACAUGUCUCCCAAGCCCCUGUCCUGACACUAGUAAUAUCAAUUUGUGGAACAUUUUGAGAAAUAAUAUUGGGAAGGAUCUCUCCAAAGUAUCUAUGCCAGUAGAGCUAAACGAGCCUCUGAAUACCUUGCAACACCUUUGUGAGGAACUAGAAUACAGUGAGCUUUUGGACAAGGCUGCUGAAUCUGAUGACCCCUACGAACGUAUGGUCCUUAUCGCUGCUUUUGCAACUUCAGGAUAUGCCUCCACUUAUUACAGAGCUGGAAGCAAACCUUUUAAUCCUGUGCUUGGUGAGACUUAUGAGUCUAUUAGGGAAGACAAAGGAUUUCGUUUUUUCUCAGAGCAGGUUAGCCACCACCCACCCAUUUCUGCCUGUCACUGUGAAUCAAAGAAUUUUGUGUUUUGGCAAGAUAUCAGGUGGAAAAACAAAUUCUGGGGCAAAUCAAUGGAAAUACUGCCAAUUGGAACCUUGAAUGUGACACUUCCCAGGUAUGGUGAUUGCUAUGUCUGGAACAAAGUCACUACUUGUAUACACAACAUCCUUAGUGGAAGGAGGUGGAUAGAGCAUUAUGGAGAAAUAACCAUCAGAAACACAAAAAGCAGUGUUUGUAUAUGUAAACUCACUUUUAUGAAGGUGAAUUACUGGAAUUCUAAUGUAAAUGAAGUUCAAGGUGUCAUCAUGGAUCAAGAAGGAAAGGUGGUGCAUCGCCUCUUUGGAAAGUGGCACGAAGGACUAUAUUGUGGAGUUGGACCUUCAGCAAAAUGUAUAUGGAGGCCAGGCUCCAUGCCAACCAAUUAUGAGCGUUACUAUGGCUUUACGAGGUUUGCCAUUGAGCUGAAUGAGUUAGACCCAGCAUUGAAAGACCUUCUUCCAAGAACAGAUGCAAGGUUCCGGCCAGAUCAAAGACUCUUGGAAGAGGGGAACUUAGAAGCAGCAGCAGCAGAAAAACAAAGAAUAGAAGAACUCCAGAGAAAUCGGAGGCGCUACUUAGAAGAAAACAAUAUGGAACAUGUACCAAAAUUUUUUAAAAAAGUUAUUGAUGCCAAUCAAAGAGAAGCUUGGGUUUCUAAUGACACAUACUGGGAACUUCGAAAGGAUCCUGGCUUUAGUAAACUAGAAACCCUCAAACUCUGGUAAACUGAGAAUGUAGAUCUAGUAACAUAUCACUCUUUAAAAAGAAAAAAAAAAUGAAAAAAAACUAUGCACAUGUUUCUUAUAGCUAAGGGUGGUUUGUGGGUCCGCAGGAAACCUUCCAUUUGCUUUUAUAUUCAUCUUUAUAAUGGACCUCCAAAAGUGCAUUAACCCAGACCCUAAACAUUUUUGCAGCUGUCAUUAAAUAAUGCAUCCUUUAAAGAUUCAGACACGGAAAAUGCAGCACAAGAAAAGCAUGUACUGUACUGAGAUAGCCAAAGAUGCUUUGAAGAGUAUCUGGUGCUUAAAAUAGACAUGGAGUUCCAAAACAAAACGAGUUCUGUUUUAACUAGAAUUUGUCUAGAAUGUCCACACUGCAGUUAUUUAAUUUUGUGUCACAAUCCUUGUUCAUUUCCAUCUUCAACUUAGUUUCUUAAUGUGAUGUGCUUGGACUGACCAUGUUGAAAAAGUCGUAAUGCUUUUUCUGGAAGCUCUUCCCAUUCAUAUGCCAUGGUUCAUGCCUUAAAAAAACAAUGUGAAGUUGUACAUUAUCAUUUUAAAAUGUGUAUUCUUCUUAGACAUUGGUCAGAAUUUUUUAAGUACUAGUAUUUUGUUCAUACUAUAAAUACUGAAGAAAAAUGUAUUAUUUAAAAGGAAAGAAAUCCUAAAUGGAUGGUAAAGAAAAGUAUGUACUGGUAUAUGUUUGAACAUCAAGGGGUUUGGUUGUGUGGACAUUCCGAAAGAAAACUGGCUCUUUGUAACAGUCUUGGCAAAUGAAUCCAAGAUCACUUUAUCAAUGCCUAACCUGUGAUAAAUACACCAUCUCUUACCAUCACUUCCCAUGGCUUCACACUUUGUUCCAUUCUCAUAGUCUUAAUACAGUUGGAAUUCCCCGAAGCUUUGCAUGAGUGUCAAGCACAAAAAGAUGUCAGAAAAGUAUCUGGCUUCUCACUUGGAAGUAAAUGAUUGUCCUGAUGACAUAGGAUUGUCCGUGUGUAUGUGUGUAUGUGUGUGUUCAUUCAUGUUAAGUUAUAGGCAUGAUAUAUUUCUCUUGCAAGUCUGGGAGAAGCAGUGUGGCUCACCUUGUAGGUUCUUGGUCAUAUCUUGCUAAUGCGUUUUUAUGCAAAAUUAUAUUUUACCGGUUUCCAUAAAGCAAUUAUAUUUUUGGAUGAAGAGGCAAAAUGUAAAUGGCAGUUGAGUAGCACAUUUUUGAUGCAUAGGUAGGAAGAGCUGGAUGACUUCUCUCUCAAAGUGAAGUUGGUAUGCUUUAGUAAUCAAUAGUAUUAGAUUUUUAAAAUAUAAUCUUGUCUUUAAUUGAUACCCAGUGAAUUAACUGGGUUCUACUUCAAUUUAUUGGGCACUGAUGACAGAAAAGAUGUCCUUGUAUAUAUUUCAUAAUUGACAUUUCUAUAUAUACAUGGCACAUAAUUCUAUAUAUACUUUAUUUCUUCCCUUUAUAUAGCACUUUUUAAGAAUAAUUUAUUGGUGGGCUUCCAUAGGGACAUAUAGAUGGCUAGUUUUUACUAUUAUUUCCCAUAAGUAAAUUACUUAUAUAUGCUAUAUGUUACUUUCCUCUUUCACAAUCUCAUCAUUUUCUGUUUUACUAAUAUAUUUGUUAAGGAACAGACCAUUUAAGAACUAUGGUUCUUCCCUUCCAUUGUUCCUGUUUUGUGGGGUAUACAAUGUAUGGGCAUUAAACAACUGGCCUGCCAUUUUUCUCUGAGCUUCCUUUGCAGAUCAGGAUGUUAGGGGUUUGUCUGGUACUUUAGGAUGCUUCCAGCCUAGGCUUUUAUUCUACCUUUCACAGAUUUUAUGGGACCUUCAUGCAACCUUGUCUCCUGUUUGUAACCCUCCCCAGUUUUCCCACCAAACAUUGUUUCUGAGCCUUUUUUAAACCAGAAAAAACCCAUCAAGGAAAGAAAGACAGGAAAGCACCUUCCCAUCUGGAAGCACUCUAAGGGUGUUGAAGAAUCCAUUUGUCAGAGCUCACAUCAUCAGCUUUAAAAAAAUCCAUCCUGGCAAAAAUUCCACCGACAUUUCAACUUCCAGCUUUCAUUUCCUAAAGAGAGGUCUUCAAAUUAUUGGGACUACACAUGUGAUUGUAGGAUCUUUUAUGGAGAGAGCAUGGGGCCUUUCAACUAUUCAGAUCUAUCAUUCUCUCUACAGUCUCCAGUGUUGCAAUGUUUUUUACUCCGUGCAUUUGCUGACUUCAGUCCUGCCUUUCCAUUAUCCAAAAUCAGUCAAACUGUUUUGAGAAAACAACAAGUUUGCUUUCCCAAUGAUAAUGAAAUUUCAACAGAUAAAGCAAACAGGAAGGCAUGAAGUAAUGUUCUCAGAUCAAUGGGCCUGCUUGGGAAACAUGCUUUUCUUCCUAGGGGCAAAUAUCCUGGGGCAUGGUGAAGGAUGGAGAAACAGUUCUGCAAGCCUGGAAUAGGAGCUGACUGUUGGGAAAAGGGAAAUGAUUGGUUGGAGUCCAUGACAUUACAGUACUUGAAAACCUUAUUCCCUUCCCACCCUCAACAGUUUUUCACUUUGAAAGAAUAUUUCCUUUUAAAAAAGAAUGAAGGAGAGUAGUGUACAUGAAUUGUUAUUCAAAACUAAAUUGUGGGGAAAGGAGUGAGACUGAUGGCUAGAUCACUAUUCUUUUUUUGCGGCUAUGCAUGUCUAUCAGUCUUACUGCAAGGAUAAAAUAAUGCUAUACCUUGCAUCCAACAGCUCCAGAACUGAGUCCUCUUUCUAUUGGCCAUUAUUCUCUAUCAGCUACUUUAGUUAAAUUUACUUAAGUUACCUCAGUUUACAUCUGUCACUGAUCCAUAUUCACUUUUGGUACUUAGCAAGACAUUAUUGCCUUGACUGUAACUCCCCUCCCCAACUGACUUUAUUGGGCCUCAGCUGCCUGGGAAGAAAGUCUCUUCUGCUGGCAAUAGGAUCAUGGGUGAAUGUUCCCACCUUGUGUUGUGGUGGGGUACAGCCAGGAGAGGUUACGUAGUUAAUUAUAUAAGUAGCUGAUAGAGCAGCGAUUGGCAAAGUGUAACCCAUGAGCCGCAUGGCCAUUUUGCCCCCCCGGAUAGAAAAAUGGGGGGUGUCAUUUUGCUCCUAAAUGGCCUUUAUGCGAUAUAGAUAGCAUUUUUACCAUAUUUGGAGCCCCUUGAACCACCAUCUCCAACAUAAGAACAAACUAUUUUCUAAUGAGUCCUCUCUUCUCAUGAUAUGACCAAGAUAUGACAGCCUAUGCUUUGUCAUCUUGGCUUCCAGGGAGAUUUGUCCCUGGAAGCCAAGGUGACAAGGCUGUCAUAUUUUGGUCAUGUCAUGAGACAAGAGGAGUCAUUAGAACAAACAAUAAUGCCAAGAAAGGUGGAGGGAAGCAGAAAGAGAGGAAGGCCACAUGCUAGAGAGAUGGACUCUAUUAAGGAGGUCACGGGUAUGAAUUUGUAGGAACUAAGCAGAGCAGUGGAGGAUGGGGAGUCUUGAAGAUGUCUCAUCCACGGGGUCACCAUGACUUGAGGGCAGUUAACAAAUAUAGCCUUAACAUUAUCCAAAAUGCCUAGUGUCCAGGAAGCCCCCUAAAUAAGAUGAGAAUGCCCCUGUGCACCCUAGAGGGCAUUUGGGGAUAUUUUUAUGGAAACAAGUGUGGUUGUCUCCAAGGGCCCCUAGCCUUCCACAGUUGCCCACACUUGUAAUAGAAAAUACUGGUCAGUAUUAUUUAAGAUCAAUUUCAGAGUCUGUCAUGUGUUACUGAACAUAAUUUGGACCACCAGUUAUAUGGAUUCUGUUCAAGAAUCUAGGAAUAAGUGAGGCAUCAUGUAUAUUGGGGUAUGUACCAAGCAGUUCCACUUUUUGUAAAUGUGGUAUUGAGAUUCUUGAACUAUUUUAGUAUAAAUGCUCACCUUGGCAGCCCAUAUACUAAAAUUGGAAGGAUAAAGGGAUUAACAUGGCCUCCAUGCAAGGAUGACACAAACAUUUGUGAUGUCUCCUCCUCCUCCCCCCUCCCCCAUCAUAUUUGUCUUUGCCAUAAAAGUUGCCCCCUGAUCAUUAUUCCAAGCCAUUUUCUUGCUGAAAAUGGCUUGAAAUAAAGACUUGUUUUCCCAAACUUGCUUUUUAAAGGAAAAUCCACAGUACGUAUAUACAAAAACAAGGCCCAAAUGUUCUGCAUAACUAAAUACGAAAGAGCUGUACAGAAAUGGAGUUGUCAUCUAUAUACGCAGUGGUUGUUAUGUGCUUAAUGACUCCACAAAGUGGAUGAUUCCUGUGCAAGGGCAACAUAUUUGCGUGUCCAGGCUGUGCAAAGGUAUGGUGUGGCCAGGGUCUUUAUACACUGGAUGGGCAUGUGGUUAAUCCUGGAAUAAUAUUGCAAUGAUUACCACUUGCAGAUACUUUCAGUCACUCAGUCUUGGUAGAACUGGGGUGGAAUUUAGUUCCUAUUUUAGAUUCAGCCAUGACAUUAAUUACUCUCUCUCCUUCCAGGGUCUUUUCCCUUUCUCCUCAGAGGUGAUCAUUUAUUUACUUUUUACCUUAGCAUCCAACUCUGCUUUGAGAUUUCCCAGCAGUUUCAACAGGAGGCACAUUUGGGCUGUAAAGAGGUGGUUGGGUUCAUGCACUUGGCUGGAGCCCCCCUCCUUCACACCUGGGACAUUUGUAAUUUUGUGAAUUACAACAUCGCAGAUGGUUUUUGCAAUACCCCACAGUUUCAAAAGUAGUUGGCUAGGAGAUAACAAGAGACUGGGCAGUUGCUCAAACAACAAACCACCAAGAUUGCACACCCUUAGCACCACUGAGUCGUUUUUGUUAGCUUCUGCUUUUUUCAUGCUAAAUUAAGCCUAAGCAACAUAUAUGGUGUUCAUGCAAGAUGAACAAAAUAACUGUACUGGAGGUUUGUGGAUUCCAAUGAGGCACAUCACCUGCUAUGGAUUUUAUGUGGACCAAUUUACACAUAUGGCCCUUUUACACUAUACAUUUAUAGCACUAUGAUUCUAUUUUAACAGUCAUGGCUGCAUCCUGUGGAUUCCUGGGAUUUGCAUUUUUGUGAAGCAGUAAACCUUUGUGGUGAAGAAUUCUAAAUGCUAUUCCCCAGAGUUCAGUUCCUAGAAAUCCUUUCAGACUACCCAAUUAUAGUAGUAUGAUUCCUCUUUAACUGCCAUGGAAACAUCCAGUGGAAUUCUGGGUUUUGUAGUUUGGUGAGACAAUAGAGAAUUUUAAGUACAACUCUAUAAACUGCAGAUCCCAGGAUUCCAUAGAAUUGAACCAUGGCAGUUAAAGUGGAAAACCUAGUACUAUAAUUGCUUAGUGUAAAAGGGCUCAUAAUCUCUUUGGUCUGGCUGCUGCCAAGAAAAUAUUUCCCUCUUCCACUUGCAAAAUGGUAGCCAACUCUGGGAGAGUGCUUUUGCAGCAUCCAGACCGUAGAGAUAACAUGCAAAUUAGACUUCAGAAUAAUUAACACCACAUAUUUAUUUUAUAUAAGUUUCAGAUAUACCCUUUUAAAAGAACAUUUUAGAAACAAAAAUAGAUAAAAGCAGAGUAAACAUUAGUUACCAAAAUAAUUGUAGUAAAAUAACAUUUAAAAAUUGAAAGCAGAGAAUUCACUUUAAGAGGGCAGUAUGCAUCCUAUCAGGCAGAAAUGCAAAUAUUGUGUAUUUCUGCAAUUGGCUGAACUCAUAUGAUAGAGACUUUUCUUUAUUAAAUUUCCAGAUUGGAAAAUUGAGCUCUUCUCUACUCUGAGCCUCUUCCCUCUCCUUCAAGCUUCAGCAAAAUCUCAAGAAGACAUAGUUUGUAUGAUCUGCUUCUUUGUUAAAAUGCUGCUUAUUCACUGAAAGGCACUGUAUCAAACAAUGCCAUGAUCAUGUCUCCUUACUGACCUCAGUUAUAUCGCAUGUUCCUGCUUUUUUAAAAAAGAUUUUCCGUUCUCUUCUAUUAGUGUCACUGUUGUCCUCAAAAAUCUAUUAAAUUUCAGUGGCAGAUCUGGGAAACAGGUUCAUCCCUGUAGAUUUUGGGAGAAGUAGGCGUUUAACCCUGGAAAAGGUGUUGAAUGUCCCAAGUCUCUCUUCACUCUACAUACUUGGCCUGCAGCCAUCCCUAUUGCUGGUGCUUAGUGUGCUUGAGCAAAAGAUUACUCCCACAAAGAUGUUUUUAACUGUAACAUUUCUCCAAACAACAACUGAAACACGUGAAUUCUAUGAGGUUCCCAAACAUUUGAGGUUAAUGUUGAAGCUUAGAAAGUGUUUGCAGAUUGUGGGUGUGGAUGCAAAAGGUUACUUGGCUGUUGCAUAUGUGUGCUGCGACAUGACCAGAAUAGGAUGACCAAAAUGGUGAAAGGUCUGGAAACCCUGCCCUAUGAGGAGUGGCUUACGGAGCUGGGUAGCCUGGGGAAGAGAAGGUUAAGAGGUG